GGAGCCGUGCGGGCGGCAGCGGCCGCAGCCCUGCGUGAGCCGAGCCGCGGCGAUGAGCGCCCGCGCCGCCCGGUGACCGCCGCCGCGACAGCGAGGGAAGGGGCUUCCCCGCGGCGAGGCAGCCCGCCCGCCGGCGGCCCGCGCCGCGCGUGUCCCCCGGCCCGCUUUCGCGAGAGGAAGGAGGAGCGGCGGGGGAGGGGAGCCGGCCGACGAUCCUGCUGCGGCUGCGGAGCCCGAGCCUCCGCGUCGGGUCUCCGGUGUCCAGGGGCGGAGGCGGCGGAGGCCGGAGCCGGAGCCGGUCGCUGCCGCCCCCGGGCCGGGACAUGUCGUCGGCGGCGGUGGCGGCUGCUUCCCGCAGGCAGUCGUGCUACCUGUGCGACCUGCCCCGCAUGCCCUGGGCCAUGAUCUGGGACUUCACGGAGCCCGUGUGCCGCGGCUGCGUCAACUACGAGGGCGCCGACCGGGUGGAGUUCGUCAUCGACACGGCGCGGCAGCUGAAGCGGGCGCACGGCUUCCAGGAGGGCCGCCCGCCGCCGCCGCCCCACGCCAAGCAGCCGCCGCUCAGCGCCAAGGAGAUCCUGGCGCAGCAGCAGCAGCAGCAGCAGCAGCUGGGCCACGGCGCGGCGGCGGCCGAGGCGGCGGCGCGGCCCCCGCCGCAGCCCCUGGAGCGCUACCCGCUGGCCGCCGCCGAGCGGCCGCCGCCGCGCCUGGGCGCCGAGUACGGCGGCGGCCGCCAGGUCAACGGCAUCCUGGUGCCCAACGGCUUCCCCAAGCCCGAGGAGCCGCCCGAGCUCAACCGGCAGAGCCCCAACCCGCGGCGGACCCACGCCGUGCCGCCCACCCUGGUGCCGCUGGUCAACGGCGCCGGGCUGCCCGCCGCCAUCGGCGGCCUCAGCGGCCGCGCCGCCGCCGCCGCCGCCGCCUCGCUGGCCGCCAUCUCGGCGGCGCCCGCCCCCAUGGCCGUGCCCGUGCCGCAGCAGCCGCCCGCGGCGGCGGGGCCGGCGGCGGGGCCGCCCGGCGAGCUGGGCCACAAGCGCCCGAGCUCCGUGUCCUCGUCGUCCUCGUCGGGCGGCGGCGGCGGCGCGGCGGGGGAGCACGACGGCAGCGGCAAGGAGAAGCGCGGCUCGGCCGAGAGCCUGCCCGCGGCGGCGGCGGCGGCGGAGCUGGGCGCCGAGGGCAAGGGCCGGGCAGGCGGCGAGCAGGAGUGGCUGGCCAAGCCCAAGACGGUGCGGGACACGCUGCUGGCCCUGCACCAGCACGGCGGCCACGCCGUACCCCCCUUCGACAGCAAGUUCAAGAAGGAGCCGGGCAUGGCCGGCGGACGGCUGCUGGGCUACGAGACCAACGGCGCCGUGGCCAAGCCAGGGGCCCGGGCAGCCCGGAAAAGGAAGCCUUCGCCCGAGCCGGAGGGUGAAGCCGGACCCCCAAAGAUCAACGGAGAGGCGCAGCCAUGGCUGCCCACCUCGUCGGACGGGAUGAAGCUGCCCAUGACCGCCACCUCCUUCAUGUCGCCCCCGCCGCCCACCGCCUCGCCUCACUCCAACCGGACCACGCCGCCCGAGGCGGCCCAGAACGGCCAGUCCCCCAUGGCCGCGCUCAUUUUAGUCGCGGACAAUGCCGGGGGCAACCACGCCUCCAAAGAUGCCAACCAAGUCCACUCCACCACGCGGAGGAACAGCAGCAGCCCCCCCUCGCCCUCCGCCAUGAACCAAAGGAGGCUGGGCCCCGGCAGGGAGGUGGCAAGCCAGGGGGCGAACGCGGCGGGCGGGCUGGAGCCCGUGCACCCUGCCAGCCUGCCGGACUCAUCCCUCGCCGCCAGCGUGCCGUUGUGUUGCACCCUGUGCCACGAGCGCCUGGAAGACACCCAUUUUGUGCAGUGCCCCUCGGUUCCCUCUCACAAGUUCUGCUUCCCCUGCUCCAGACAAAGUAUCAAACAGCAGGGCGCCAGCGGGGAGGUGUACUGCCCCAGCGGCGAGAAGUGCCCCCUGGUCGGCUCCAAUGUCCCCUGGGCCUUCAUGCAGGGGGAGAUCGCCACCAUUCUCGCAGGAGACGUGAAAGUGAAAAAAGAGAGAGACUCGUGACUUUUCCCAUUUCACAACCCGACGUCACCUUUAACUAAAACUGCUUGAAUUGUGUAUAUAUCUAUAAAUAUAUAUAUAUAAAUAUAUAUAUAUAUCUCCAAGACAAGGGAAAUGUAGACUUCAUAAACAUGGCUGUAUAAUUUUGAUUUUUUUGAAUACAUUGUGUUUCUAUAUUUUUUGAAGACAAAAGGUAUGUACUUAUUAUAAAGGCAUUUCUUCUAAUUCUUCUCUUUUUUUUUUUUUCCUCUUUUGUUAUAGCAACUAUUUGUUGUGCUUCCCUGGUGACAGUUACUGUUCAAUGUAGGCUGUGACUUGCGCUGCUUUUUUUAGAGAGCACUUGGCAAACCAGAAAUGCUUCUAGCUGUAUUUGUAUGCACUUGUUUCUUUCGUUCUUUUUUCUUUUUUUUUUUAAUGCCAAAUACACUUUCUGACAUUGUAAAGAUUGCCUUACUGUCUGUGAUUCCUUAUUCUUGGCCCCUGUUGUAUAGAGCUGGUCGCAUGCAGGCUUGGUCUGAGAUGGCUGGGGAGGAGAGUUGAUAGCUGAUGUGAGGAUGCUGUUGUUGCAUCCCGUGGGCAAGGCGAGCUUAGGAAGCACGAGGGGUUUCUCUUGGAAACGUUCGUCUCGUGUUGCAAUAGCGAAUCUGCCAGAUCGAGUCCGAAAUUCCUCUGUGUUUCUCAAAGGAAGUUGCCUUCAGAGUAGGAUGUGGAGAGGUGUCUGAGAGGCGCUGUUGAGUUAGCGAUUUCUGGGUUUGUUUGUUGUUGUUUUUUUUUCUUUAAGGCAAAGUUGACCGCAGUUCACGUGAUCAGUUGUAAGAUUACAAAACUGCAUUUAUUCACCAGUUACACGCUAUAGUAUGGAAUUUUGAUGACAAACUUAAUUAUAUUACUGGUGAAUACACCAGUAGAGCACUGCCAUCUCUGAAGGUCUUCAGCAUCACUUACAUUUUUUUUUGCUUGCUUGAAAUAUGCUUGGGGAGGUGGGGGAGAGACUGAAUUUUUUUACUUUAUUAUAAUUUUCAGAUAGUGCAGGUGGACUUUGAGUUUGCUUAUCAGUCACCUAUAGUACUGUUGCUAUUGUUACUAUCGCUUACAUUGUGUUUCCAAGUAGUGGCAGGUACAGUGUGGUACAAUUGACAGCAGUGACUGAGGUUCUGCCAGAUCGCCUUUGGGCAUAUCAGUGACAGCCCAAAUGUGGGUGGAGGAAACCUGUAAUUUCCUUAUUACGUGUGCUUGAGACAAACCUAAUACUAUUCUUUGAAAAUGAAAAUACAAACUGGUUGAAAUGAAAGCAGUUUAGGGCUUCGCGGAAUGGCCAGGGCCCUGCCUUUUAAGCUACUUUGGAGAACUCUUUUGUAAAGCUACUUCUUUUGAUCCUGCUUCUGCAUCACCAAGCAGACUUCUAAAAUCAAUAAAUCAUUGGUUACUAGAAAUAGUUGAGUCUUACAGUGAUGUUUUUGUGCUGUUUAUAGUUUGUUGGCAAUGCUGCAGCUGUACGAGCCCUUAUGUUUAGGUGUUUAUAACAUGGUUAUGAGCAGUUGUUUCUGAGCAAAAGGGUGGCUAGGUUGUCCCUUCCCUGGGACAAACUAAUAAACGCUUUCACUAUUCGAGGAGGAGAAAUCUGUUCAGCUGACUACAAUUUGAAGAAUUUUGAAUGCUUUUAGUCCACUGUUCUUAUUGUGAUAAUGUUCAGACUGCAAUUUAAUGCAGAGUAGAUCUUUUUUGGAAGAUUUUUUUUUUAAGAAAUGGUCAUUAUUAAUAUUUGAAAAUCGGAACUGCACAUGCACAGUAAUUUUUAUGAAGUGUUUAAUGAGCACACCCACUACAUUGUGUUCCAUAUUACAGAUCAAUGUAAUAUUAGAUAAGACUUGCAUGAUAAACAAUUCCAUUGAGUCAAUAUUACGCUUUAAAACUUAUACCUAUAGUCAAGAUUGGUGUCUUAUGUAAACACAUUUAGCCAAUUUGAAGAAAACGCACAUUAUAUAUAUAUACCUAUAUAUAUACAUAUAUAUAAAAACUGUAAAGGAUUCUUUGGAACCACUAUGAUCUGUGUAAAUGUGUAUUUAGGCACUUUAUUAAAAAAAUGGAUUUUUGAGCUGA